AUGGAUGAUCUCCACAUCUCCGACACUCUCCUCUGCAGUGCGGAGGGAAUAGACUGGAUCCCAACAGCAGCAGAGGAGGAGACUUCACUUCUCAAGACGACUGUUCUUGUGAGUUCCCCCGCAGAAAUUCACUUCUCGGCGGUUGGAAUGAAUGCCUUCAUGGGCGGUAUGGCUCUCUUAGAGCAUCAUCUCACUAAUAGUGAUUCACUCUUAGUGCUUUUACUUCUUCUUCUUAAUAAUAGUAAUAAUAAUAAUAAUAAUAAUAAUAAUAAUAAUAAUAAUAAUAAUGACAAUACGAAAGUGGAACGGGUAGUGGGGGUUAUACACGCUUCGGAUAUCAUUGCACACAUGGAGCCAUUUGAAGGAUUACAAUCGUUGGCAUUAUGUGUAGAUAUUGCUGGGGAAACACACUACUUGAUUAUAAAACCUCUCCCAAUAAUAACAACAACAACAACAACAACAACAACAACAAUAGAAAGAAGAAGAAUAAUAUCAUCAUCAUUAAUAGAUGUGUGUUUUCGUCGAAUCUCGUGUAAAAAAGGGAGUGGGAGUGAAGGUGUAGAUAUGUCAAUGUAUGCUCCACUUGGAAAUGAUCUCUCUAUUCCUCUACAACUAUCCCAGUUGUACCGUCAAGCUAUCUCUCAGAAUAGUAAUAAUAAUAAUAAUAAUAAUAAUAGUGAUAAUGAUAUGAAUACUGUUCUUGUUAAUAUUGGAGUAGGUGUGGAAUGGAAUCGAAACCAUAAUAAUAAUACAGAACUUUCUAUUGAAAUACUGCGAGAGACACUGUUUAGUGUGUUGUCUACUCAAUACUUAUCCCUCAUACAUUUUACUACAGAUGUGAUGAAUGAAGAUGUGAAGAUGUGGAUAAGACAUCCUCUAGUAAUGGAAGCACUACUUCCCCCUUCACUUGGACGUGUGGUUUAUUUUAUUUCCACUCAAUGUAGUUUUUCUAUUCCAUUAUCAGUUCAUUCAACAUUAUCCAGAUUUAAAAAGUAUAAAAGAGAUGCGGCAAAUAUUAUUACUUGUCGUGGUAUGAUUAUUAUUCUUCGCGAGGCAGUUGUGUUUCUUUUACAAACUGAAACAAGUCAAUCAUUUAUUUCUCAUAUAGUUCUUCACUGGAGUCGUGUAUAUGGAUAUCAACCUCGUAAUAUCUUGCAGAGAUCUCAACAAGCAUUUCAUCUUGGUAUUACUAUAGAAAGAAAUGAAAACAUAAGGCAUGAGGGAUUAUUAUCAUAUGAAUGGAUUUCCAUACAAACUCCUUCUAGAAGAGAUUGUUGUAGUUUGGAAUAUGCAUUUCGUCAGGCUUAUCUUUUAUCCACAGGAGAGCAUUGCCGUGUGAUUGGAGAACAAGUCUCUGUGAAGAUGAUGUCUAAUAGAGAGGAAAGUAAACCUUUUUCAACUAGUAGAGAAUGUAUCUAUUCUUCUUCCAUAGCUCAGACCCAUACUCCUAUAAAGAUGAAGAAGAUAAAGAUGAUGGAAGUAAAAGAGGAAGAAAAAGAAAAAGGAGAAUUAGAUAUAUGGACAACUUCAUCAGAAAAUAUGGAUAUUCUGACUAAUAAUUAUCAUCAUAAUAAUAAUAAUAGUGAUGAUAAUGAUAAUGAUAAUAAUUUUAAAGAAGUAGAACACUCACGUAAAAAGUUUAUUCAUAUGCUAUUACAUCAAACAUCUCUUGUAUUGUUAUUAUUGGAUCGUAUUGUUUAUUCAUCUUGUUCGACUCCUGCUAUUCUCGCUCAAUAUCCAACCAAAGUAGCCGAACUCUUUAUUUCCACUUUUGUAGAAAUAUUUAAAAAUCAUUUUUUAAAUGAGAAUAUGUUUACACAUCUAUAUCUAUACCUAUUACAUCAUGCCAUUCAAGUUGAAUGUUACUUACGAGGCUUCUCCUCAUCUCUAUUAAAAGAAUGGCAUGAUAUGUGUAUAGGCUCUAUCUAUAUAGGGUUAAAUGGAUGUGAAUGGAUGGAUCAUUUAAUGACUUCUUCAUUAUUCCCUGUAGUGAUCUCACCAUUGUGUGGAGAGAUUAUUUUGAAAAUGAUUAAACAGGACUUUCAUAUAGUGUGGGAUACUGUUUGCAAACAAAUUCCUUUACCAAGAAUGAAUCCAUCAUCAUUAUCAGCAGCAGAUGAUAAAAUAAAUUUUGGAAAUAAUAUUUUACCCGUUAUUUUGGAAGUUCUAAACACUACAACUCAUCAUCCACUUAUACUUUUACAUCUCUAUUAUACAUUUAAUGAGUCUCUCCAACACUCUUUCUCUCUUCAUAAUAAAACGGAUACAUUAAACCCUGAUAUGAUUUCUUUACAACUCACCACAGAGAUGUGUUAUGUUGCCAUUUAUCGUUUAGCAAAAGAAACGUAUGGUCCAUAUCUUUUAAAUGUGGAAUCCCGUGAAAACUUUAUAUUGUUAUUGGAGUGGUUUAGAAAUAUUAUUGCAGUAUCUAAUCCCUCAUCUAUACAGUAUGUUAGUAUAAAUGAGGAACUCUUAGAAAAAGUCAUGCAUUCAUUUAUUUUUGAUGGAAAUCUCCCAUCUCAUCACCCAUUGUUAUCUCUAGAGUCUAUUUGGAUUGAACAUGCAGCAGUUAUACUCACAGAUUACGUGAUAUUGGGAGGUGAGGAUUUCUUAUUGAAAAUAAGAGAUAAAUCUACUCAAUCUACUUUUUCUCAGAAAAAUAAGGAAGAAGAGGAGAAGAAGAAGAAGAAUAUUCAUGAAAUUCGUCAUCGAGAAGUAUCAACACAAACAGUUUAUACAUCUGCUCAUGAAGAAGAGGUGUUACGCACUUGUUUACGUCUUCAAUCACGUGUGCGAUAUCUUGAAGGUUUAUGCAAUGAAGAAGAAAAGCGGCAGAAAGAGAAAGAAAAGAUGACUUCUGCAGAGGAACUCCUAUUAUUAUCAUCAUCAACAUUACCAUCAUCAUUAGAGACUGCGGUUGUACCCUUCACUUAUCUAAAGGCAUAUCAAUCACAUCUUGAGUAUGCAGCCGCACUGGAGCGUCAGACUGAAGAAUUGAAGAAACUCGAUGAUGAAAAGCGAGAGGAAUUAAUUGCGCUGCAGCGUGAGAACACCACUCUGAAGAUGGCAUUAACAGAGGCAUUGCAGAGAAAUAAUGAUUGUGUGUUAAUACCACCUCUGCAUACCACCUACACAGUCCUAUGUGAUGAGGUACGACACUUUAUGAUUGGACGGGAAGAGCAUGAACGCGAGGUGAUUAUAUUCUCAGAGUCUAAAGAAAGAACGGCACUUCUGUGUUUGCUUCUACGUUGGGUAUCAUAG